UUGAGUUUGAGUAAAGCAGGGGCCACCGUGUUCCAUAACAGUCAACUCUGCAGCAAUCCAAGAAACGCUAAUUUGUAACCAGUCCUAUCAGACCUCCGCGUGCCCCUCACAUUCCUCAGGUGGUACUGAUAUGAGAAGAGCUUCCGCACCAGUCCUCCCACCAGACCACAGCACUCACGCUUUCCUGGCUGGGUUUAGAUUCAGACUAAAUACCGAUGAGUUUAAAAGAGGAAAGCGGUCGUGUGGAGCUGAAGAACUGCAUCCGAAACCCCGGGUUUGAUGAUGCAGACGCAGCGGAAAACACCGGCUCUGACCCCGGGGAGAGGCAGGAAUCCGCCACCGUGAAGCUGGACACGGAUGAGGAGUACAAUCAGCUCCAACCCUACGCAGGGAUGCCCAAAGAGGUGCUGCUUCUGUACUCGACCCGGGCUCGGUACCGGGUGCCACGAGAGAUCCUGUUCUGGCUAACGGUGUGCUGCAUGCUGGCGCUGCUGGCGGUCACCAUCACGGUGAUCGCGCUGUCCCCGCGGUGCCUGAGCUGGUGGCAGGUCUCGCCCGUGUACCAGGUGUACCUCCGGUCCUUCAAGGACUCAGACGGGGAUGGAGUCGGAGACCUCAGAGGAAUUAAGGAGAAGCUGGAUCACUUCCUGGAGCUGCACAUCAAAUCGGUGUGGAUCAGUCCCUUCUACCGCUCUCCCAUGAAGGAUUUUGGCUAUGACGUCGAGGAUUUCCAGGACGUCGACCCACUUUUUGGAUCCAUGAAAGAUUUAGAUGAUCUUUUGGCUGAAAUGCACAAUAAAGGUUUGAAGCUCAUCAUGGACUUCAUUCCUAAUCACACCAGCGACCGUCACCGCUGGUUCAACCUGAGUCGGAAUAGAGAUCCUCUCUAUGAGGAUUACUACAUCUGGGCUGACUGCAACGUGACAUCUCCAAAGCCUAAUAACUGGGUGAGUGUGUUUGGGAACUCAUCGUGGACUUACGAUGACUUUCGAGGGCAAUGCUACCUUCACCAGUUCCUAAAGGAACAACCAGACCUGAACCUGAGGAACCCUCGUGUUCGCCAAGAGAUCAUUGACAUUAUUCAUUUCUGGCUUGCAAAAGGCGUGGAUGGGUUUCGGAUGGAUGCAGUAAAACACAUCCUGGAAGCAUCACACCUGAGGGACGAGCCACAGGUGGAUCCAAACAAACCACCUGAGUUAAUAACCACAGAGUGGGACCUGUACCAUGACUACACUACCAGUCAGGUAGGCCUGCACGACCUGUUGAGAGAGUUUAGAGCAGAGAUGGACGUCUACAGCCGUGAGCCUGGCAAUUACAGGUUCAUGGCGACAGAAUCGUAUGAUUACCAAGAGGUGGACAAAACCAUGAUGUACUACGGCACCCCGUUGCUGAAGGAGAGUGACUUUCCUUUUAACUUCUACCUGCUGGAUCUGCCUCAGAACAUCAGCGGCUGGUGGGCUAAACAUCUGGUUGACCUCUGGAUGACCAACAUGCCUAGAGGAAAAUGGCCCAACUGGGUGGUUGGGAACCAUGACAGGUCAAGAAUUUCUUCCAGUGCUGGUAAGAUCUACAUUCGUGCCAUCAACAUGAUGUUACUGACCCUGCCUGGCACACCUACAACCUAUUACGGUGAAGAGAUAGGCAUGGAUAACAUUAACAUCACGAAAAGUCAGAUGCAAGAUCCUGCUGGCAAAUACAACAUGAGUGCCAGUCGGGACCCUGAGAGGUCUCCAAUGCAGUGGAACGGUGACAUGAACGCAGGCUUCAACAAUAAAACCAACAUCACCUGGUUACCCGUACAUCCUGAUUAUCAAACCGUCAAUGUGGAGGCCCAAAUGAAAGACGAAGGUUCUGUGCUGUCUCAGUAUCGUUCCCUGAACAGGUUGCGUCAGUCAGAGCUCCCCUUUCAGCGUGGAUGGUUCUGUUACAUCCUGGCUGACACUAAUGUCUUCUCUUACCUCAGAGAGCUAGAUGGACACAAACGAGCGUACCUCAUGGUGAUUAACUUUGGUAAACAAUCAGCCACCACAGAUUUAUCCUCCAUUCAGGAGUUACCUGCCGAUCUCAAGGUGCUAAUGAGCACCAACCCAGUCAACGACGGAAAACUGUUUCAGAAAUCCCGUAUUCUGACAGAACCAGGAGAGGGCUUGAUGAUGCAGUACUCGACCUACACUCGCUUUCAUCCCAAUCAUCCAGCAGAGUGCUUUGUCUCUGAGAAGGCCUGCUAUAUGGAGACCAUUGACAUACUUUAUAAAUGCUAAUAUAAACAUGUAUGAGAUCAUUUAAAAUGACCAGUCAUGAUCACAAACCACUGAGAUUGUUCUUUCAAGUCUCCUUUUUACAUUUAUGAGAUUCUAUCAAACUCAACACAGAUUGAUGCGGUCCUCAGUCUGCCUCUCGACAGCCAUACUAUCUCUUGUCUUCUACGUUGAGGCUUGGGCGGGUCCAAACCCAGUUCUGCAUGUAGAAAAGCGAGCUCCAGGGCCUCCUGUGUCAGACAGAACAUAAAAAACUUGGAAUCCUUCAACUCAACAGCGUUAAAUUGCUCCGAUCCAAAUGUGAUAACACAGUUUUGUUAAAUUUCAAAAUGCACUGUUUUUAUAAAUGUAAUAUUUAACAGUGACUGCUUCAAACACGCAAUAUUAAACAACAUUCAUCGGA